AUGGCGGCGGCGCUUGGGAGACUGCUCCCAAAUUUCGGGGGCCCGUGCGAGCACGUGCGGAAGCUUUACUCAGCCGUCGUGCACUCCGUACUUAUGUACGGCGCCCCGGUGUGGCACGACGAGCUGGGGGACCGAGCUGCAGCCCCGUUUGUCGGGGUGCAGCGUAUGGUUGCCUCACGCACUGUGAGAGCGUACCAAACAGUGGCGGUGGAAGCGGUCCGGGUGCUGGCCCGAGUGCCCCCGGCGGAGCUGAUUGCCAAGCAGCAGGCGGAAGUGUUUCGGAGGUUCCGGGAACUUAGGGCCCAAGGGACGGUAGUGCCUUUCAUGCGCGACGGGAGAUGA